AUGAGGAAUGUUAGGCUGAUAUUAUCCCGCACAUUUACUUAUAGAAGUGUGGGAGUAUCUCCUAAUGCUCUCCCCAUUCUAUUUCCUGAAGAUACUCUCAUGAAUAAUUAUUUCACCGACGUGUAUAACAAAUAUAUCAAACUCGGAAGACGCCAAACUCAAUAUGAGAAUGAAAUUCUCCAAUUUGAUGAAAUAUACACUGAAAUAUGUAAUUUAGUGAAACUAUUGGAAUACAGAGAAGAGUUAACAAAAGUCAUAAGCGACGAUAUUAGCGAGUUAGCAGAAAAUGAAAUGUCCUCCAACUUUGAGCGGAUAGAAGAAGGAAAAAAUAAAUUAAUUCAAGUUUCAUGUCAGAAAAUAAUGCACGAUGAUACCUCGGUAAUUAUCGAAGUGGUGGAUGGAGUAGGAGGGUCCGAGUCAAACAUAUUCAGUAGAGAACUGCUAUCCUUGUACCGUCGAUUGGCGGAGGAUAACAACCUGUCAUACAAUUGUGUUAGUCAAAAUGAAGCCCAAAUAAGUGGAGGUGGUGUAUAUGGUCUCUUUGGCCAUGAAGGAGGAGUUCAUAGAGUUCAGCGUGUACCACUGACUGAACGAAGUGGUCGUGUCCAUACAAGCACAGUAGCAGUUUGUGUACGUCCAAUGUUUUCUCAGGUUCUGCAAGUGAUCAUUACUAAAGGUGGAUGUGACUUUGACUGA